AUGUUGUAUAGCGGUAAUAGUUGGCAUAUGAGUUAUUUCUCUUUACAAAUGAAACAUUCUGGGUUUUUUUUGCAUUGUUGUAUUGUUUCAGCUGACCUUGAAAGUUUUGUGAAUAGACAUUGGAAAAUUGAAAUAAAAAAAUUAGAGCCUCCAAGCCUUCUUGAUCAAAUAAACCCUGAUAAAAAAUCUCCAAUUUCAACUCCAAAGUGUCAACGUAAUCAAGCUGAGAAAGAGAAAUUCUAAUUAGGAGAUGGAUAUGCUGAAGAUCAUCUCAACAUUACUUGAACAUCUUCCAUAAAUUAUAGUCUCAUCGUACACAUCACCUAAACUAAUUAUCUUACACCAAUAAAAUUCUUAAUAUUACAAAGGAUUAUAUCUAGUCAAAACAAAAGUAAACAUCAAAUUACCUUCUGAAUCCUUUUUUUCUCCUUAACAUGUAGUUCAAUUUUCAAAAAUAUACCAU